CCGUACUUUACGGCCCACAAUUAUCCCAAGUGGCAUACAAAGUACAUUGAGCGUGAGGACAACGAUGGGAGACCCCAGAUACUCAAUCUGACUUGCCCAGCCACUUCCAAAGUGAUGAAGGAAACUUGUUCAGAGACUUGGCUGGCCACUUCCGACACCUUUUGAGCCAUCGCUUUUCCACUCCUCACGUCAAACAUAACAUCAAGGACUGUCUAUAUCACUUGCGAUAUAUUCACAUUCUCAUCAUUCAGCGACUUUUCCUAUUGCUGCACAACUCUCCGAGUCGGGAAUCACUGGGUGACAAAACGGAAACGUGACUUUGAGUGUGUCAGAGAUCGGUGAUUGGUUGAAAAUCUCCCCGCUUUUCCAAUCACAGCCACUUCCUCGGAACCAAACCAGAUCAGAUCAGAUCAGAGCAACUGUUCAUCCAUCAAGCAUCACUCUCUUUGUCGCAUAACCCUCUUAUUCAUCAUCAAAACAUCUCAAGUCAGUCAUUCCCUCUUGUUCACCUCCAAUUCCAUCACAUUGCCUUGCCCGGGUUGACGGCGUUCCUUCUCCAAUCUGUCGCGUCACUCCCGCAGCUGCAUCCUUGACUUCCUCGUCAUCUGUCGUCUUCUCACACCAUCAUCCUCAUCUUCUCAUCUUACCCACUUGUUCCUACCGCUGACUUUGUCCUCACUCAAGAUCUAAUCCAUCCUUUGAUCACGCGCACAUAAUCACGCGUCCGCGAAGUCCCCUCACCUUUUGCCAUAAUGGCCGACACUGCACCACCUCAAUCAGAAGCUCCUGUGCAAGCCGCGGCCGCAGAAACUGAAGCUCCUCCUUCGCUUGCAGCGCCUGCCUCAGCACCCGCGACCGAGAUGUCAGGAGCCUUGCCCACCGAGACGACAGAGAACAAGCCAACUCAGGAACCUGAAUCUGCUGUUCCAAAUGGUGCCCAAGACCCCACCCCUUCCGCGCCCACCGAGGCAGAGGCACCCGCGCCCAGCACUGAGCCUCCAGCCCCAGCUGCCGAUCCAGAGCCUAAGUCGGACGAACCAGCCGAUGCGCCCGAGCCGGAAACAAAUGGUACUCCAGCAAACAAGAAGGCCGCCACGACCAAACGACAGUCAAUGUCAGAGAACAAGGGCAAGAAGCUCAACAAGAAGAAGUCUGCCGCGAAGCUCACAAAUCUCGAUGCACAACCUGGCGAAUACUACAUUGCUAGAUUGAAGAGCUAUCCACCUUGGCCCUCAAUCAUCUGUGAUGAGGAGAUGCUUCCUGAUGUCCUACUCAAUAGCAGACCUGUCACAACCAAAAAGGCAGAUGGCACCUACAAUGAGGCUUACGCAGAUGGUGGCAAAAAGGUUACCGAGCGUACCUUCCCCAUCAUGUUCUUGCAUACCAACGAGUUCGCCUGGAUCCCCAAUACCGACCUCGCACCAUUGAAUCCUGAGGAUUGCAAAGAUGUCUCCGAAAAGGGCAAAGGAAAGGCUCUCCUUGCUGCCUACGAGGUCGCCGCAGAAAAUCACGAUCUAGAGUAUUUCAAGACUGUCCUCGACGAGCACGCUGCAGCUCUCCAGGCCGAUGAGGAUGCUCGACUGGCUCGAGAAGCCGAAAAGGCCGAAAAGGCAUCAAAGGCUUCCGAGAAGAAGAAGCGCAAGAGCGAGGCCAAGGUCGAAGAUGUCGAGAUGGAGGAUGCCGAUGCCGAUGCUGCUCCAAAGAAAUCGUCCAAGAAGAGGAAGAAGGACGCAGUGAGCGAGGACGAUGAUACUGAAAAGCCGGCAAAGACCCCCAAAACCGAGGAAAAGAAAGCCAAAGAGAAGACCGCCAAAGCCAAACCCGAACGGAGGAAGUCCAAGGCGGCAGCAGCAGCACCGGCCAGUGAUGAGGAAAUGGUCGACGCUGAACCCGAGCCAGAGGAGAAGCCACUUGAUCCGGCCGAGGCACGCAAGGCCCGAGACAAAGAAGUCCUGUUUCUGCGACACAAACUCCAGAAAGGCUUCUUGACCAGGGACCAGGCCCCCAGAGAGGAGGAAAUGCCUCAAAUGUCGACCUACAUCAAGAAAUUGGAGGGCUACACCGACCUCGAAAUGUCCAUCAUUCGGAGCACAAAGAUCAACAAAGUCCUGAAAGGACUCAUCAAGCUCAACACUAUUCCGCGAGACGAGGAAUUCCAUUUCCGACAACGGUCAGUGGAUCUGCUGAGCCAGUGGAAUAAAUUCCUUGGUGCGGAGCCUGUCGACACUGAAGGACAGACAACGAGUGACAGAGAUGCCAAAGCCACCCCGACCACCAACGGUGUUCACGACAAGUCAGAGGAGCCCACUGAGGAGAAGAAAGCCGAGAGUCCCUCCCAGGAUGGUCAGGUUGAUACUCCUGCUCCUGCAGAGACGACAACUGAGACCGAGAAGCCGGCUGAACCAGCCCCACCUGUUGCUGAGCCAGCGCCAGAGCCAGUUGUGAGCGAGAAGCCAGACACUGUCGGCAGCGAGGAGCCAAAGGCCACUCUCCCUGCACCCGAAGUGGUUGAAAAGGCACCUGAGUCAGCUGCGGCCGCCAGCGAGGCUGCAGAAGUGGUCAAGGCAUCCGAAUAGAGGGCCGACUUUGUCCUUUUCUAAGUUGGUUGAGCUGGCUGCGAGUGAUUCGUCCGCUAGCGACUUUCUUGCCUGGUGGACACGGUCUUUUGUUUGGAGGGGAGGUGACUUUUUGAUGCAUUGGCUUUAAUCGUUUCCUGCGCCGCAGACACCCCAUUCUUUGGGAUGACUGAUUGGUGGUAUGUGGACCACUGCGUCAGGCGGCAAAUUAAGCAUUGGAAAUGGGUUGCACAGUGAAAGUACUUUCAGGGAAGGAAAUGGGUGGAGGCUGGAGUGUUUGCGAAGAUUGGGGUGAAAAACCACCCAACCAUGGAUUCAGUCCAACGACACGGAUUUCGAGAAUUGAAUGAAACAAAUUUCGAGUUUGAGGAUAUUCCUCACCAGAAGGUGUUAGUUGAGUGCGACGAAUUUCCAGUAUUGCCUUGGCGGGAGGACAGGACGGCGCGGGGAGAGACGGGAAGCGGAUGAAAGGCGACAAAGAAAAUGGUCAUCAUGAUGUCUAUGGUGACAAUGAAGUGGUGAUCAAUAUGAGCAAAAGCAACAAGAAAACAACUUCCAAUCCUACCCAACUGACUCUGUUCUCGUGUUUUUGCACAGUUGACUGAAAAAAGGCGUGUCAGAUUUCUGGUCUUCUAUAUGAAUAUUUGUAAUGUACGGUUAAAGAGGAGAUAGAUGGGCGAGAAUACUGCUGUUAUUGAUGUGGUUGAAGGGUUUUUUGAAACAUCGAAACAUGUGACCAAUACUGAGAUCAGGUGACCGUCAGGCAUACGAUUGUUCAGUAUGAAGGUCAUGUAGAAGCAACGAAACGAAGAGAUGACAACCCAGACCAGGCCAGG